AAAGAAUAUAGGUAACAUCUGGUUGGUUACAAAUAGACAAUCAUAAAUGUAUUAUCUUACUACGUUGAGAGACUAAAGGCAAUACUUCUUAUAUGAUCGCUCUCGUCAUCGUACUUCAGCGACUCUCGAAGUCUGCAAUCAGCAUCCAAAGUGCACCCUACGUGUAAACCAGUAAAUUAUCAACUUGCUCGAGAUGAUAGAUCUUUAAUAGAGUGACGACAUUCAAGUCGUGUAUCUCGUCAAGCAAGGGAAGGCUGAUAUAGGUAAAAUUAUAAACAUUUCACAAAACAGGAUCCACCAAAGAUGUUCACGAAAACAACGUCGACCUUAUCGUGAUCGAACGGAAAGCGAGGCACAAGUCAACACGCGAGUGGAUUGGUCGUUACAUCGCGAGAAACCGAAACCUGCUAUAUUAAUAGUUUGAAAUGUGGAGGCGUGAAGUUUUGGUAAAGAGGAGAGAGCUGACCAGAGUUCUGUAGAAAAUCAGCUUCUGUAUUUAUUACCAUCAGCAGCGACAAGCGAUUGAGAACAGAUUAAUAUCAAAGCAGAGUCGUUCAUACUUACUACACCGUCACAAUGCUCCAGUGCUUAGGGAUCACACUCUUCGUUUUCCUCUAUCCCAUUCUCUUGCUUGGGACCAAGGUGGUUCAUGCUGAUAGGGAAUAUGUCACAAGGAACACGGAUCAUGGACAAGUACGCGGUUUCACCAGACACGUCCACGGGGAGCGUCGCGCGGAAACAUUUCUGGGAAUACCAUAUGCUGCACCUCCUGUUGGGAGCUUAAGAUUUGAGUAUCCUGAGGACAAUGAGCCAUGGACAGAGACAUUAGAUGCCACCACGUUACCCCCAGCCUGCCCCCAGAUGUAUGGCUACAUGGGCUACAUCAAACUCCAUGUUCCUGACUUCAACAACACCAAUGAAGACUGCCUCUACUUGAAUGUAUACACCCCUCAUCACAGGAGUAGUUCAAGAAGAAUUAAAAGAGCAGUGCUGGUGUUUAUACAUGGGGGAUCCCAGGAGUUUGGUAUGGGAGCCCAUUUCCCUGGUCACAUUCUUGCUGUUAAUCAAGACAUUGUGGUGGUCACAUUCAACUACAGAAUAGGACCAUUAGGUUUCCUAAGUUUUGCUACAAAUGAACUGCCGGGGAACUAUGGUCUUCUGGACCAGGUUAAACUCCUUCAAUGGGUUCAGAAAAACAUUGGUGAAUUUGGUGGAGACGCUGAAAGAGUUACCAUAUUAGGACAUAGUGCAGGUGGCGCUAGUGUUGGUCUUCAUCUUGUUUCACCGUUAUCUACAGGUUUAUUUAAACGUGUAAUCAGCAUGAGUGGCACCCCAUUUGCCCAUUGGGCAGCCAUGCGACCCCCUGCUUCACCAGAAAAAUAUGCUAGGUCUUAUGCUAAAAGUAUGGAUUGCGCAAGUGGCUCAAUAGCAGACAUCAAAUUUUGCCUAAAGAUGCAUGGGAUUGAAACUCUUAUGAAUGGUAACCUGUCUCGUGCUACCGCCACCACUGAGAGAUCCUACGCAGUCGUAGAUGGUUACUUUCUUCAUGGGUCUCCAGAGGAAAUGAUAGACCAGACUAGAAAUGCUGAAGAAUACCUGCUGGGUACUACAAAGGAUGAGAAAUCUCUAUUAGUAAAAUAUCUUCUACAAAAUGUUCCUGAAAUGGAUGGAAUAGAUAAAGCAACAUAUCAGCGCUGUACAGAAACGUUCAAAUGGUACAUUCUCCCGAAUAACAGUGAUCGUAGUGAUAUACUUGUUAAAUACAUUAGUUUGACGUAUAAUCUAUCCAGUGAUGGUUUAACUCAGGAGGAGUUUCAGCAGCAGGUCAAUCUACAAAGGUCCCGUCUCCCAAUCCUCCCUGAGUCGCAUGGAUGUGGCUUGUUAGAAAUGUUACGUCACUACUAUACCCACUGGGAAGAGCCCGACAAUAAAUAUCUCACUAGGCAGAGCUUGAUUGAACUACUUAGUGAUAAAGACUUUGGGGCGCCGGCCAUCAAGACCGCUAAUAUCUUAUCAGGGUACAACAUGAGCACUUACAUGUAUAUAUUUGAAUACAGAUCAGAGUUAGACACUACAUUAGAAUGGGAGGGUGUUCCCCAUGGUGUGGACCUUUUCUACCUCUUUGGAAUCCCACUAGAAGGUCAUCCAACCCGUAACUACACAGAUCAAGACAAACAAAUGAGCCACCACACAAUGACAUUUUUUGGUAACUUCAUAAAAAAUGGUCAGCCACGUGUAAAAUCAUACGGAGGUCCUAUAUACAACAAACAAUCUGCAGAAUAUGCCGCAAUAGGUCGAGGAAACACAGUUGAAACUGUCACAGGAGCGAAACUGCGACCAGGAAAGAUAGACUUAUGGAAUAACCUUCUUCCUAAAAUGUUACAAUCAAAGGUACGAAAUUCUCCUCCAACUCAGUGUUCUACAAAAUGCAAUGAAACAGAGACAGCAUUACCAGAACCAGACACACUGAAUGCUCCAAGGGAGACCUGUAAGGAGGGUGUACCUUUCAGGAUAUUAACAUGGGUGUUCAUAGGAAUAAGUUGUUUCUUACUUAUCAUUCUCAUAGCAUUUGUAUCGAGGACUUGUAGCUGUAACAAUAAAGGUGAAAAUAAAAGACCCGUCAAAGUCUGAAAAUUAUUUCCACCUUACUCACAUUCAAUAAUUUUACAUAUCUCAUAUUCAUCAUCGACACAUCUGAUUAAGAAAAGUAAGCUAUUUACAAUAUAUAUAAGAGUUAUGUACUGGGGGAUUGGAUAAACCCUGUAUCCUAAACAGACAGUACAUAACAAUGUAUCCCAUACCUACUGUGGUACGAGGUUCAUUCUACUUUCUAAGGUUCCAAGAUAAAAAUAAUGUUUUCUUUUAAAAAUUAAUUUUUAAACUUUAUGCUUGAAAUUUUUCAAAAAAUUAUUUUUAAAAUAGUAAAAAAUUAUAUUCAAAGUUUUAUAUUACACAUUCAUAUACGAGAGCAGUUUGUAGCUUUGUAGCAAUUGCCAAGAUGAUUUGAAGGGUUUGAAAUUCCUACAGUACCUCAGGGUCCUUACUUGUCCCAGCCUACUUUCUUAAGGCUUCUAUGACGGCAGACCAUACCUGCAGAACUAGGUAUACUGUGUAGGCCUACUAUUCUUUAUAAUGAUUGUGUCUGUUGCCAGAAAUGCUAGCGAAAUCUCAUGAAUGGCUACAAUCUGUGCAAUCCACUGUUUUUCAGAUACACAUUACUGUGUAGGCCUACUAUUCUUAAUAAAUUGUGUCUGAAAUUCUAGUGAAAUAGCUACAAUCUGGACAAAGCACUGUAUUUCAGAUAUACAUUACUGUUUAUCUUCCAGUACAGGUAUAUUGGUAAUACAAUGGAUGAUCAAUAUGUUCCAACCUUUGGAGCA